UCGAAUCUUAUUCAGGUACACGUAGUCAGAUUAUGUUAAUGAAUCCCUUACCAUCUGUUCGUCAAGCUUAUACUUCUGUUGCAUAAGAAGAGAAGCAUUGUGAAUUAGCAUCCUCUAUUAUUGUUCCAUCAGACACAGUAGUCAUGAUUGUGCUUGGUAGCAAUAACAAUAUGUCUAGGACACGACAAAACAAUCAAGGUUAUGAAAAUCGAGGCAGCAAUUUUCGCAAUCGGGAAUCAUUCAAAUCCACUUAUUGUGGUGAGGAUUAUCACAGGGAGGCAACAUGUUAUAAAAAGAAUGGUUAUCUACCUGGUCAUCCUCGAUAUAGACCUUGCAACCAGCACCAAGGCAGCAACAACAAAUUUUCUGUAACACCUGGCAACACUCCUUCUGACAAUCAUGUUGAUUCUAGUCCCACUUUCAAGGAACUUCAGUCCACCAUGCCAAAUCUUACCGAAGUUCAGUAUAUUCAGAUUCUUGUUGCCCUAAAUCCUAAACUAGUGACACCUCAGGCCAACGCAACCUCUCCUUCAGCUUCUGAUUUUGCAUCAGGAUUUGGCUACGAGGACGAUGAUUGGUGUGGGUAAGAGACGGGGUGAUCUUUACUACCUUGUGGUGCUGGCUUCUACAUCUUCAUCUCAACGCUUUGCUUGAAAUCUAACCAUCACCUCCGACCUUUGGCAUCGCCGAUUGGGACACCCUUCCUCUGCUCGUUUAUAGUAUUUAGCCAACAAUCUACCUAAUUUUUCUUUUGAUUCUCAUCAUAAAUGUGACAUUUAUCCAUUGGCUAAAAAAACACGCCAACCUUUUUUUCUAGUUUAAGUUCUACUUCCAAG